UUCGUCAUAUCUAAAUAACUAUUGAUUAUUCCACUAAAAUAAUCAAGUUUAUCGCUGAAAAUUACUAUACGUACAGUAUAAAAUAUUAUCAGUUCACCUGAGAAUUCAAUGUUCGCGCGCAAUCACCGAAGUGCGGAAAAUCUUGUUUUGUUGACAUUACAAUAAGUAGUUCUGUCGGACACCGCGCCAUCGCGCUGUUUCUUAGUUUUGUCCAGCGCAAUUAACGUUGUUUUCAUAUUAUUUACGGAUUAUUAACACCAAGAAAGAUAUCUUAAGAACUUUUGCCUGUGUCGGACUUUGUUUACCGUGAAAAAAAGUGAUUAUAGAGACCGAAUGAAAUCAGUGCAAUGAAGUUCUAUUUAUAGACGGACCUGUGGCGGGACCACGCUGUUUGUACCUAAUUGUUUCUUAUAGACAUUUCAGUUUAAUAUUUCAUGUUUUAUUAUAUAUUUUAUCUUUAUUUUUGUUAAAUUAAUCAAUGAAAUUGAAGUGGAAAACGAAGCCGCGAAACUAGUUUGACAGUUCAUGAAUGCAUUUGCACACACAGAUACUCUAUUGCGCAUGUUUGCGUGCGAGUGAUGUGAAAUUUCUUGGGCUUAUCGAUUGGCUAGAUAAUUUUCAAGGACAUCAAUCGAGUCAGUGUUAUACAUACGAUUUUCAAUUUUAAGACAAUUCAAGUUAUGAUUGCUUUGUUUACGUAAACACAUUCAACAUGGAGUCUCCGCUAGGAAAUAAAAACACAGAUAAUGUACCUCUGACUUCAGGGUCAAACUUAUUUACUGAUAGUAUUGAAAUACCGGAUGAUACAUUCCGCAUGAGUUUAUUGAGCAGUUAUUCUGAUGUCGGUGAGAAUAUUACUAUUGAGCAUAGAGACGCAUCUAUCGAUAGUAAUUCCACAUCUAUUAAUACUCCGGCAUUGGAAAUUGUAACACCUUUCCCUACACCCGAUGUUCAAACCGCUAUUGAUGAUAAAUCACCUCCUAUAAUAGAUACUCCAAAAUCGUCAGAGGUUGUGGAUCGUAAACCAAAUUUAUUGAAACUUUCAUUAACAAAAAAGAGCGAUAAUGAUAUAUUCGUUAAGCCUUCGCCGUUGGAGGUCAUGUCGCCAGCCAAGAUGUUGCAAUUUGAAGUAGACGCAGGGUCUAGCGCAACGCCCACUAUGAAACGUGCGGCUAUCGAUUUCGAUUUCUUCAACAAAAAUAACUUCGAAGAAUAUUUCGAAGACGUACCAAAAACUGAAUCUGUUGAGAACAAAACCGAGAAGACUUACGAAGAGACUCCGGUCAUCGUUAAAGCCGAUACCGUGACUCAUGAAAUAGCUUAUGUUAAUCUCAACGGAGCUUCAAAAGUGGACAUAUCACACUUUGACUUGUUCAAAGUGCUCGGCACUGGAGCAUAUGGAAAAGUGUUCCUAGUUAGAAAAAGAUGCGGCGUAGACGAGGGCAAAUUGUACGCAAUGAAAGUUUUAAAGAAGGCAUCCAUAGUUCAAAAAUUGAAGACUGCAGAGCAUACACGGACAGAGAGACAGGUAUUGGAGGCUGUGCGGGCGUGCCCAUUCCUGGUCACUCUACAUUACGCGUUCCAGACUGACGCCAAACUGCAUCUUAUAUUAGAUUACGUCGCAGGCGGCGAGUUAUUCACUCACCUUUACCAACGGGAACACUUCAAUGAAGACGAAGUCAGGAUAUACAUAGCUGAGAUCAUACUCGCUCUGGAGCAGCUGCACAAGCUCGGGAUCAUCUACAGGGACAUCAAGCUCGAGAACAUAUUGCUCGACGCUGAAGGUCACAUCGUGUUGACAGACUUCGGUCUGUCCAAAGAGUUUUGCGGCGGCGAGAGCAGAGCCUACAGCUUCUGCGGCACGAUCGAGUACAUGGCGCCCGAAGUCGUCAGGAGUGGCAGCCAGGGUCACGAUAUCGCGGUCGACUGGUGGUCGGUCGGCGUUCUGACGUACGAACUCCUCACUGGCGCGUCGCCGUUCACAGUGGAAGGCGAGAAGAACACCCAGCAAGAGAUCACCAAGCGGAUAGUGAGAUGCAGCUACCCGGUGCCGGCUGAUGUCAGUGCGGAAGUGCAGGAUUUCAUUAAGAAACUGCUGGUGAAAGACCCUCGUCGGAGACUUGGAGGCGGUGAAAACGACGCCGAAGAGCUGAAGAGGCACCCGUUCUUCCAGAAUCUCGACUGGGAAGCGGUGGCCCGCCGUGAAAUCCCAGCUCCUUUUGUGCCCCAGCUGUCUCACCCGACGGACACCAGCAACUUCGCCGAUGAGUUCACUAGGAUGCCGCCCACUGAUUCGCCUGCGCAGGCGCCUAAGCAUCACGACAAACUGUUUCUUGGUUACUCUUACGUCGCACCAAGUAUAAUGUUCUCUGAAAACAUUAUAUCCGAUCAUAUAUGGAUGCAAGCUACCGGACAGAAGCAUGAUAAACUUAAAGGAUGGGUCGCCAAGGACUCGCCGUUCUUCCACAAGUACGCAGUGGAUCUCAGCACACCUCUGCUAGGAGACGGCUCCUACUCUGUGUGCAGGAAGUGCAUACACAGGGCUACCGGCAAGGAGUACGCUGUUAAGAUCAUCUCAACGCAGAAGAAGGACGUGAAACAAGAGAUUGAGUUGUUGAAGGCGUGCCAAGGGAGCCCUUUCAUCAUCACGCUGCAUGAAGUCUUCCAGGAUUCGGCGUUCACAUACAUAGUGACGGAACUGGCCACGGGCGGCGAAUUGGCCUCGCAUAUUAUCGGCGGCAUGGAAGAGAGGCAUUCCCUGAGGAUAUUGGCCCAGCUGGCAUUGGCGGUGAGGCAUAUGCAUGCUAACAGGAUCGUGCAUAGAGAUCUCAAGCCAGAGAACAUUCUACUGACAAGUAGUCGUCUGAGCGAGACUCGUGUCAAAGUAGUCGAUUUUGGAUUCGCGAAACGAGUGCCCGAGUGCGAGGAGAGACCUCCGCGAAUGAUGACCCCGUGUUUCAGUUUGCCGUACGCCGCGCCGGAAGUGGUGUCGCGCGCCCGGAGCUCCACCGCGCCGGGGUACACGCCCAAGGUCGACAUGUGGAGUCUCGGAGUCAUUUUUUAUUGCAUGCUGAGUGGCAAAGCGCCAUUCCAGCCGGCCAACAAGAAGGAGCCCGUGACAGCUUUCAUGGAUCGCAUCAGAACCGGGACAUUCACAAUGGACGGUCCCGAGUGGUCGUCGGUGUCUCCGGAGAGCAAGCGCCUGGUGUCGGCGCUGCUGAGCGUGGAGCCCGCCAGGAGGCCUGGCCCUGCGCAGUUGCUGGCCGAGCUGGGCUGCUGCGAGGGCGACAGGGGCUUCAAGCUGGCGGACAUGACCAAAGCGGACCUGUACAAGCGUCGCAGCAAGAACAAACAACGAAAAUCCAGCGGUUCCGAACCCGGGACCUCCACCGAACAAGAAACCGACGAGCCCAAAGAGAUCUCCCUAGCGGACACCAUAAACAACCUCAAGAACAGAAUGAACAAGAACUCCAUAGAGAAGGAUGUAGAACUAAUCAAAGCUAACACACAAGACACUCCGGUCACAGAAAAUAACGAGGCGACAUUCGACGUUGAAGACAUACCUUCCGUCAAACCUGUACAAAAGACAUACGCCAAAUCCAGAUCGAAAUUAGACGAUUACAUAUACGUGGAAAGCAGUCAAGGCUUAGACGGCACCGAAGUUGCCUUCCCAAAAUCGACGCGCAGCAAGAAAUCCAAAUCUCCCGUGCCAAGGAAACGGAGAAAAAUCGAAAAAGUAGAAGUCAACGGCACUAGGGAACUGCGCAGCAGAGUCGACAAGGACAAGAGGAAUCUGAGGAGCAGCAAAGAGAGGCCGACCAAAGAGUCAAUUGAGAAUGAGAAGAUUACGAGAGUGACAAGGAAGAGGAAACACGAAGAGUUGUCCAAGCCCGUUUUGAGGGAGAAGGGGCAGAAUGGUAGAGCGUCGAUGAAAAGCACCGAAGCUGUGGCCGAAAGGAAGAUUGCGCGCGCGAAAAAGAAUAAACCCGAAUUGACGAUUGACACGGAAUCGAAUGUGCGAAUGACGAGAUCGAGGCGGCGUAGACUCGAAAUCAGUCUGUCCCCGUCUCAAGUUAAGUCCGUCGUGCCGGCGUUCUCCUUCGAAUCGGAUCGCAGGAAGAAUUCGGUAGAGAGCAAUCGUUCGAAUAGACAAAAGAAAACUAGGGUUACGAAAGCGAAAAAGCAACCGGUUAGAGCGACACGGUCUCGGGCGAAUCGGAGGUGAAAAAUUCACGUCUAAAUGCGUUAGAUGGCGCUAGUGUUGAGUUUUGGUGUUGCCCGUUGAAUUGACAAUGACCUGUUUGAGAUGGUGCACUGGACUGAAUCUGAAAUGUUAAUUAAAUUUUAUUAGUUAUUUAUGUUUUGUAUAAUAUUAAGCUGGAUGGACCUAAGUCCUCAGUACUCAAAGGACCUAUUGCAUAAAUUACAGCAAAUUCACAUGUAUCCAAAAUUAUUGCAACUAAAGACGACCUUAUCACCUAGAAGCUAUCUGGUCCAGGUAACUUUACGUACGAAAAAGUUAAGGAAUUUUUUAUUAUUAAAAAUCAAAGUAAAAACACCAAACAAACAUUGAGCGUCUAAAUUUAACGUGUAUCGUCGUGGCCUCAUCCAAAUAAAAGUGACAGAAUAGUGAUGCAAUAAAGGACACUUGCUCAUUGCGUAGUGUAAAAGAAAAAAAAAGUUAUUUAUUCAAGAUAAUAAGUUAUAUGCGACCUCUUUGUCACGCGUACUACGACGCCGCAUUCGAUAAAUCGACAUUCAAAUAUCGAAUUAAUUUUUAAUAUAUAGAAUACUAAAUUCAAAUUUCGAUCUAGGUAUCUGAAUAUUGUAAUAUUUGUCGAAAUAUUAAAAAAGAAAUUCAGAUGUUUUUUUUUUGGUUGUCAGUAAAGAAUGCCGCGUGUAGUAGAAUAGAGGUCGCUUUAGCCCGUUCUAGUUGAUUACAAGUUUUUAUUUUUUAAUUUGUUUAUUUAAUGUUACUAUUAUUUUUUAAGAUACUUGAAGGCGCGUAUUGAUUUGUUGUCCUUUAAAUUUUCAUUGUAUGAACGUUUCUACAGCAAUUUGAGAAUAUGUUGUCUUUAAAUAUUGUUCUUAACAAAAUCACACUGGUUUUUGUACAAUUAUGUAAUGCAACCUAUUGUUUCUUCUGCCUAUUUUUCUCAUAUUUAGUAAAUAAAUGAUUUUCAGUUCAUAAACCCAUUGAUCAGAUCCGCACGGUUAAUUUGCAAAACUACGAAAUUCAACACUCUGUAAAGAUCUCUAAAAUAAAUCAUGUCAUCAAAUAAUUCUAACCACGAAGCCGUCUAUAAAAUCGAAUCUUUUUCCAGGCACUGUCCGCCCUGUUAUAAAUGAAGACGCAGCUUUGUGUUAGUAAAAUAAUUUCAACAUGCGCGCCUCUCAUUACCAUUAGUUCUAAUAGAAAACCUUGACGUUAAUUUAGACAUAAUUUUAGGUUAUAUAUAAUUAAAUUCGGUGUGAAUGCACUUAGGUAAUUUAAAAAUAAAACAAUCUGUCGCAUCUCCAUUCGUGCUAUCCUUGUCGCUCUUGUAGAUAGGAAGAGGUGGAGAGUUAAUUGUUUUAAAUAUCUCCAAAGAGGAAUAGUUUUAGUGAGAAUGUUACUAUCAAAUUUUUAUUCUUAAUUUUAGUUGUUUUUUUUUAACCUGUCAUUUUUAAUGAUUUGUAAAAAGAAUAUUAGGGACUUGAAUGUGGCGAAUGAAAUGUUAUUAUUGCUUCUUUUCGUAAAAAAAAAAUAAUAUUUUGUAAUAAGAAAAUAAAAUUGUCAUGUUUUGAAAAUUUGGUAUGAUUUUGCUUGGUUUAUUUAUAAAUUUUUAAACAAUUA